AUGAAGUUCAAUGCCUUUGCCGCAGCCGGUCCCCUGGCCACCGGUGUCCUGGCGCAACCCAAGGCCCUGCCUCGCAGCGAGGUCGCCAGACGCGGCACAAUGUCCAAGGGGUGCGAGGCCAACGCGGCCAACUUCAACAAGAAGCGCUACGACCAGCGCAUCUCCAAGAGACACGCCGAGGCCAAGCGGGCCGAGAACGCGACCUACACGAUCACGACCGAGGCGCCUUACUACGACUUAUAA